AUGUCCAACUCGGUCGUCGAAUCUUUGGAGGAUAGAUGUUAUCGAUUAGAGGCGCUUUUAGGCAGCGGGUAUAGCAAUAAUUCCGAUGUUUCGGUGCAAUUGAGUAGAUUGUACGUCCAACUGCACGAUUUAUACUGUCAGGGUCAAAAGUACUCUCAAAGCCUGUUGCAACUCUUGGAUGUGUUUAUAGCUCAAAAUACGGGGAGUACAGGUACUCCUGAUGAUAUCCGUAUAUUCACUAGCUGUUAUGAUGAGAUCUAUAGUUUAUACACUAAAUUUGAUCAACUGAAUGAUCAAUAUGUGGAGUUUUGUCAAACACGCGAAAAUUCAUUGGAUCAGAUUCCCUUUAAAGAUGCCAAAAUCCAGACCCGGUGUCUAAAGGAAUUACCUGGCCUGGUGAACAAUUGCAAUGUAAUGAUUGUGAGAUCAAUGGCAAUCUUAAAUCGUUUUCUUGAUUGGAAUAUCGAAGUUAAUGAAUUUUUCCAAUUUCAAAAGAAAAAAUUAUUACAUUUACAAAAGAUGAUUGACAAUAAGUAA